AUGUGGCCUACUCCCAAGGUUGCUUACCUCUUGCUGGCAGCUCACUCGCUGCUCGUCAGCGGGACUCCCGUCGACGCCGAGGCCGUGGACACGGCCAUCCUCGCCAAGCGCCAAUGCCCGCAGAUCCAUAUCUUCGGAGCUCGAGAAACGACAGCACCACCCGGAUAUGGAACUGCCGGUACCGUCGUCAACCUGAUUCUCAAUGCGUUCCCUGGGGCCACGGCCGAAGCAAUCAACUAUCCCGCCUGCGGUGGACAAGCAUCUUGUGGAGGAGUCCAGAACGUGAUCCCUUCUAUUUGCGCCAUGAUAUCGUACGGUGACUCGGCAAGGCAGGGCACCGACGCGGUGGCUUCGGCGGUGAACAGCUUCAACCAGCGGUGUCCCAACACUCAGAUCGUGCUUGUUGGCUACUCCCAGGGCGGUCAAAUCAUCGACAAUGCUGUUUGUGGUGGCCCUGACACGGGCUCUGGAAUCACGACCACGACUCCUCCCAUCUCGGCUGCGGCCCUGAACCAGAUCAAGGCCGUCAUCGAAAUGGGCUCUCCACGGUUCGUCGCCGGCUUGUCCUACGACGUCGGUACCUGCACGGCACAAGGUUUUGCUGCGCGCCCGCGUGGCUACGUCUGCGGCUCCAACUCGGCGUCCAAGAUCCAGAGCUACUGCGAUUCGACCGACCCCUACUGCUGCACCGGCAACGACGCCAACAGCCACCAGCAGUAUGGCAACAAGUACGGACAGCAGGCCCUGGCUUUUGUCAAGGCCAGGCUCAGCGGCAGCGGCGGAACUCCGACGUCGUCGGCCGGCGGCUCCGUUCCGACCGGCGGCAACGGCGGCACUUGCAGCCCGCUGUACGGACAGUGCGGUGGCCAGGGAUGGACGGGUCCCACGUGCUGCUCUCAGGGAACCUGCAGGGCAUCCAACCAGUGGUACUCCCAGUGCUUGUAA